GCGUAAGCCGAACCCAAAACCUUUAGUCAACUCGCAUUGUUACAUCGAAAUUCUCACAGAUUUACGGCAAAAUAAUCAUUGUUCCCCUCUGCCAAGCCUCAACCAAAAGAGAGCAUCACACACACAUUACUAUCAGUCAACCAAAUUGUUUGUUGAAAUGCCGCCAGACAAAAAGGGGGACACGAAGCCUCUGGAUAAAAUUCUCCUCAGCCAGCGACGCAGUCUGCAGAAAAUGCAGCGGGAAAUGGCGGAGCUGCCUCAACUACGUGUGCCCAGAGGGAAGAGACAGGAUGCCCGACAGAAUCUGCAGCGCCACAAGAGGACGCCCGAGUACUACAUGAAUGUGCUCAAGAUGCUCAGCAUUGUGGUGACGAUCUGCCUGCUCUUUGCCAUCAUUCCCAUCUACAAAAAGUGCCAGGGCGUCCACAAGCCACUGAAUCAUUCAGUCAUUCUCCUUUGGAACCAAGGCCCCGCCUGGGAGCGUUCCGUGCACAUGGAGUGCGGCUGUGUGGUGACAUCCGACAGAGACUUUCACGCCAAACCCUUCGAUGCGAUUGUCUUUAAUGCCGAUCAGCCGUACUCUCCACUUGGCCUCGAGAGUGUUCACCACACCGCUGAUCAUCUGGUGGUGUUCUCUGGCAGUGCUCCCCUGAGUCAAACACAGAAUCCGAUUCCCUUUCUCAAGGCACCAUUCAAUCUGACAAUGAGCUAUCGCCUGGACUCGGAUCUGGUGUGGUCCGAGUAUUACUUUUCGCUGCACAAUGAGACGAGCCGUCUCAAUGCUUUCGAGCAGCCAAUUGAGAGCUACUCCAAGGGAAUGUCUGCGCCCAUGAUUGUGGGCCUGCAUGAGCACCUGAAGCUAAAGGAUCGCCUGGCGGUGUACAUGAUGUACUUGGUGAAUGAACAGACAAUGGCGGAGAGUUAUUAUCUGAUGGAAAUGCGCAAACAUGUGGAAUUGGAGGCACACGAAAGCUGUAGAGGUUAUCAUGCCUGCAGCGCCUAUUACUUUAUGCUCAUCUUUGAGCCCAGCUCCUGUCCGGACUUUGUGCACCCACAAUUCUAUCAGGCACUCGACAAGUUCAUGGUGCCCGUGCUCAUAGGCGGUGGCAAUCUAACAAAUCUCGUGCCGCCCGGCUCCUACGUCAACAGUCGGGACUUUGCCACCGCCAAACUGCUGGUGGAGCAUCUAAAGGCGCUGAUGGCACAGCCGGAGCUGUAUCAACGCUACUUUUGGUGGCAUUCCAAGUACAAGCUACGCUCCACCUUUGAGCCUUACUGCUCGCUGUGCCAUCUGCUCACGCAGCGACAUCAGCCACAGACACUGAAUCCCCAGGAGGUGCCACAGGAGGAGCAGCAGCAGACAAUAGCAGCAGCAGCAGCAGAGGGAGCACAGGGAGUCCCCUCCUUUCCCGUUGCCGUGCAUCUUCCCUUUGUCGACUGGUGGCAGCGCUACCAGUGCCCCAAUCGAACGAACCGCUUUUAGCUGAGCCUUCGGCUCCUUCCCCCACACUCAGAAACCGCAAACUCACACACACACAAACAAAUAUAAUUACCAACGAUCGCAAAUUGGCCGCAUCGUUCGCUUCAGUUUUGUUCCGAGUUAA